CAGUCUCAUCUUACUUAUUGGAGACAACAGCUUGAUUUCGCCUGUCCAUGGGAAGAGCAAUGUUCACAUAAUUUAUAUGGGCGAGAGACAGAGCAAGGACCCGGAAUGUGUCACUGAAUCACAUCAUGAAAUGCUAGAACUCAUUCUUGGAAGCAAAGAGGCUGCUUUUAAGUCAAUGGUUUACAGUUAUAGACAUGGCUUCUCUGGCUUUGCAGCCAGGCUUACAGAGUCUCAGGCUCAAAAGAUUGCAGGGCUACCUGGGGUUGUUCAUGUUCUGGAAAAUCGGUUUCAUGCACUGCAAACGACUAGGACUUGGGAUUAUCUCCAUCUCUCUUCUCAUUUCCCCACCAAUCUUCUACAUGAAACCAACAUGGGUGAUGGCAUUAUCAUCGGCCUCUUGGACACAG